AUGGCCUCUUCCCAUAUGGAAGGAGAUGCAUUGAUAUGGUUCCAAAAUGUUGUCGAUGGAGGGUUAUGCCGUGACUGGGAAGCUUUUUCCAGAGCAUUACUACUACACUUUGGACACACAGCCUAUGACGAUCCACUGGAGGCGUUGACGAGGUUGAAACAAACCAGUACUGUGGCAUCUUACAUGAACCAAUUUGAAGGGUUGGCCAACCGCCUACGAGGUCUCUCUGAUUCUCAGAAACUCAGCUGCUUCCUUAAUGGCUUAAAAGAUGAAAUUCGCAUCCCAGUCCGUAUGUUAUGCCCUGUAAAUUUAAAUGUAGCAUAUGGGUUAUCAAAGAUGCAAGAGGAAUAUCUUCCAAGUAUAAGAAAAGCCGCUAAAUCUACGGGGGAAAGAACCACUUCCAUGGGAGGGGGAAAUUACUCUACUGGUUUGUAUUCUACUGACUAUUCUAACAAAUGGUAUCAGAGCCACCCCACAUCUAAGGCCAUGUUACGAUAG